AGAGAGAGAACAGGAGCAAAGAUUAACAGAGAAAGAUGACUAAGAGAUUCUUCCCACACUGCGUAGUGUAAUGUCUUCCUCAAGCUUCUCCUGCUGAAAUUCAGUUAACAGAAAGACUUGCUGUAUGUAAUGUAAUAUAUACACUCGGUUAUGUAAAUGCUAAAACAUCUUUCCUGCCUUUAUAACCUCCUGAGCAUGCUGAGCACAUCUUUAGUUUUCUCCAAGACAGCAACUAAUCAUGAUUUUACUAACUCAUUAGUCCAUAAUCACUAUCAAAAAUGAUCAUAAGAACUUCCUUUAAAGAACACAUUAGUAUAACUGAUAUAUGCGGCCAUUUUGGAACAGUUAAUCAAUAACUGAAAUUUAAAUUGAAAGUAAUGAAGCAACAGGAUUAAGAUUAAAAUUAAUUUAAAUUUAUUGUGAAUUUAUUUAUUAAAAUCAGAAUUAAAGAAUAGUCUAAAUGUCAUCCUGAUUAUUUGUGAACAAGGUUUAAAGUUUGGUACUCAAAAAAAGAAAAAAAAAAAAGACAAAAUUUUACCUGCCUCAUGUGAUACCUUUUAAGGAGAAGGGGCGGGGUUGAGCAACAUUGUUUAAGCCGGGAGUUCAUUUCUAGGUCAGAGUAUGGUCAUCAGUAUCAGAAACCUGAAAUGAAGAAACUGUUAAUAUCCCUUGCAUGGCAAUCUGUUGCAUCACUCAUUUUCUGUGUUUUCUUUGAAAUGAUAUGAGUAUGGGUUAUAAACAUUAUAAUCUACACCUUUAAGGAAAUAUUGAAUUCAGGUUAAUUUUAUUUGUUUAGCGCUUUUAACAAUGGACAUCGUCACAAAGCAGCUUUACAGCAAAAUAUAAAUUCAGGAUAUAAAUUUUUAAAUGUAUAUGUUUAUAAAUUUAUCCCUAAUGAGCAAGACAGAGGUGAUCGUGGCAAGGAAAAACUCCCUGAGACGACAAGAGGAAGAAACCUUGAGAGGAACCAGACUCAGAUGGGAACCCAUCCUCAUCUAGCUGACAACGGAUAGCGCGAUUAUAAAUAAUACCUUUCUAUAACUGUGUCAAAAGUACAAUCAUAGUUUUCACAUGAAGUCUAUUUUGUUGAGGUUUGUUGGAGAACUGUUCACUGAUGGAGACUUGAGUGCAAAACUGUUUGUGGCAAUUGCAGUCCUAAAGCUAUCAUAGCAACUGCAGUUCAAAGCCAUCUUCAUGGUUUCUAAGUGGUACCAUCCACAGUAAUCUCACGUAUCUUUAGGCUGUUCGUAUGGGGCUAACCUCAGCAGCAGCGAGUGGUUUCCAUGAGAUGAGAACUCCAACCAGAAGUAUGGCAUCAGGCUGGAUCAGGCAGGUCCGGAGAGCAGAAGGGGUCAGGAUCACUGCUGACAACGAGAGCUUGGAUUUCUUCUGUGAGAGCUUUUCUGCCCUGGAACUUGUACCUCUUCAUUUCACCCUCUCUGGACCAGAAGUUAUCAACAGUUAUAACAGUGGAUGAAAUGACUCCAUAUUGGAUUAGCUGGGACCAUUUUAAUAGCAAAUGCAUAUUAUUGGAGAAGAUUCAUAACAUUCAUUAAACUGGUCUUUUAUAGCAAUUUUAAUCAGCACAGAAUUCCAAAUUAAAGCCUCGGAUUUUUCCAGAAGCCUGCAAAUCGAGUAGUUUGAUGAGCUGGGAUUUCCUGCAGGUCUUCUUGCUUAGGAAACAGAAAGCUUGGAUAAAUACUCUGUUCGUUAUAUAAUCUACUUUCUCUUGAGGCGAUCAUGUAAAGUUCUCUUUUAUAUUCGAAGACAUCAGCCUCAGUUUCCACAUGUCCAACCAAAACCAUUUUUCAUAUUGUUCCUCAGGAAACUAAUCAAUAAAAGACAUUUCUUGCCAACAAUUUUUCACGUCUAUACUAUUGAUUUUGCAGCCCGAGUUUCCUGUACAUAAGUUUGUGUAUAAUAGUAAUUGCUUUACUGGAAAAGUAGGACAUGGUAGUCAAAUCUCAGGUUUCUGAUUUGUCUGAUUUUAUUUAGAUGAAGUCGUAGCAUCAUAGCCAUUUUAACAAAACCUGUUAAAGGAAAGCUCCAGCAUGAAACCCGUUAAAGAUGUUUAUAUUGAAGUAUUUGUGACGUGCUUAUUUAUUCCGGUAAUUCGUUGUUUUUGUUCUUCCUGUGAGAAUUAGCAGUUCUCUGCUGUGCUGACGUCACAGGAUUAACCUCAUGCGUAAGGAAUAACAAUUUAAAAAAAAAAACAACAAAAAAAAAAAACAAGGGCUUCUUUUCUCUAUUUCCCAGACUUUUAACAUUGUAUUAAUAAGAAAUCCAACGUAGCACUAAUGGAGACAGCAGAGACUCAGCUCGUUAGCGAUCAACAAGGUGACAUGUGCGUUAGUGUUGAUGGUGGUGUUAGUGUAAAAGCUGAAGCUUUGGAAGCUGAUUUGUUUAAGCAGCGUGUACAGAAGAUGAGGUGAGAGAACUGGGCAGACUAAAGGACUAAAGCUCUGCUGCAUCGCUCUCUUUUGGUAGAGAUGGAAGUUAUUCGAACAGCAUUGUGGCUAAUGUAGGAAACUGCGCAGUGAAAGUUUCAAAUAAAAACACCCUCAGAAUUUAAUUUCAAAAUGAAUCUAGGACGUCAUUGAAGAUGACAUGAUAAUUAUAAAUAUUAAUAUGCAGUGGUGGAUCUUAGCAUAUAAUACAGCAGGUGUAGUGGAGAUUCAGUACCGUGCUUGCAUCUACGAGAAGAAAUUUUUUGGGGUUACGUUACCACUUUCACAGGGAACGCUGACAUUUUGGUGUAUGAAGUGGAAUUGAUGUCCCUGUGUCCCCGUUAGGCGGGUAAACCUUUCAGAAGAAAAACAUUAUUCUGGAAAUGCAGUAUUGCUCAAGAAAUCAACAAAAAAAAUCUCAUCAGAGCUGUGAUUUAAAGCCAUGAUGGACUUGGGAAGAGUAAUGUGUUAUCGUGACAGAACGCAGUAUGGAGUCCAAAGUGUAGUGGAACACACAUUAAUCUCUCCGGCUGUAAGGGCAAGGAGGAAGAGAAAGGAAGGCGAAAGUGACAAAGGGAGAGAGCCGGAGCGCUCGAGGCAGGGCUGAGGGGGAGAGAGACAUGCAGCCCUGGGAAGAAGUGAGACGAGGUGCCGGCGGGGGCCGUAGGUUCUGGAAGGCCCAUUCAUCAUGCAGUGCCUUGUGGGAUACGGGAGGGUCACGCUCACACAAUAGCUGUCUGUUCCAGCUUGCACGAUGGGGAAGAGAGCGUUACAUGCUCAUUUAGAUACAAACAGCUGAUCCACACACCCCCUCCUCUCUUUCUCACUCUCUCCUUCUCUUUUUCCUUCAUGCACUUGGCCUUUUUUCCAAGAGAAACAAGUGAAAAAUUCCUUUGAUGCCGAGCAGGCAAUAUUUACAGGCUACAGUAUGUCGUUAGAAUAGCAUUAGCAUAGGUCUAGAGCUCAGGGUGUGAAUGGUGGAGGGUAGGAAUGCACUGUAUAUUAAUCAUGAUCAUGAUUUUAUCUUUCUUAAUAAAGGUUUGGCGGCCUUGGGAAAACCCUUCACAUGGAGGAAAAAUCUUCUAUAUAUAGUUCUGAAAACUGGAUGGUUUCCUGAACUGAAGUAUGUUUCUGUCUUGCAUGUAACUCACCUUACAAGUAAACUUCAACAUUUUAAAUUCUGCUCACCCCCAAAAAACAAAAAGGGAGAAAAUUGCGUUUAAAGAUUCUAUUAAAACUACAGCACAGGAGCAUCACGGACAUUUUUUACAGCCUGUAACCGAUUAAAAACUGAAAUGAUAGAGCCUUCGUCCGUUUUGCGUUUGUCUGUUAGUGUUUGUUAGGUUUAUGGCAUGUGGCUAUCCAACAGCUUGAUUAAAGCCUGACAUUUACUGCGUAAGGACUGACUGGUUUUACCACUGUGUGUAUAUUUAUAUUGUGUGUAUAUGUAAAUGUAUAUCUGUGUGUAUAUUGUAUAUUUAUAGUUAACAUUGCAGCAUCAAAGUAUGUUAUAGGGAAAAAUCCUACAAAACUGUCUGGUUAAAUUUUUCCUGAUUUGUCCUAGCAUCUGUCUGAGAUUCUCCGUUAGCGCAAUGUCCAAAGAAUUGAAUGUUUGUAGGAUUUAUGUGGAAUGAUCAUUGUAACCAGCAAAUGAACUGAUUAGAUUUUGAACAAGGCCAAGGUCACAGCAAGGUCACAUAUCUGAAAUAGUUUUCCUUCAAUAGAUUCCUUUCUGUUUGUCAUACGGAGAUGUUACUUACACGUUCACAUUCAGGAAGUCAAGGCCCAUUUUCUGACCUUGUACAAUUUCUGACCUUGGUCCGUCUGUGCAUUCCAAGAUUCUUGUUAGCAUGAUAUCUCGAGAACGAGUGGUUGGAUGUUUGUAUGAUUUAUAUGGGAUUAUCACAGUAACCAGCAGGCGAACUGAAUAUAUUUUGGAAUUGAUUCAAGGUCACAGCAAGGUCAAAUGACUGAAAUAGUUUUUCUUCAAUAGAUUCCUUCCUGUUUCUUCAUGAAGGGUAUUUUAAGGGUAUUUCUAGAAUACAACAAAAAGGACUAGACUUGUUGGUGGUAGAGGCAUGCCUCUGAGCUCUACUUUCAGCUACAGCAACAUCUCACAGGUUUUCCCACAUCACCGCACAACCACUGCAACAAUGAGGAACUCUGAACAUGUUAGCUAGUUGACUAACAUUAAAUCUUUUAUCUACUGCGUCUUCUGUGUUUAAUCCCAAGCUUCCCAGACAAACAUCUUAACUGCUUGACCACUGUAGUAGUAUUUUAUCCUGAAUACACUUGUCAUUUGAGGCAAAUCUGUGUAAGAAACUAAAAAUUAUAGAUAAGACAGACUAUAAAACUAAGGCAAUGGUAAGGUAUAGAAGGCAUAAAUGUGUACUAAAAUAAUACAAAAAAGACUAAGAUUCGAAAACGGGUAAAGUUAAUUUAAUUGCAGAUUUCAUAAAAAAGACAGCAUUGUUAAUUAACAGAAUAAAAAUAUUACUAAAAGACUGUAUUAGUGUGUUUAGUGGUGUUAUAUAUUUCUUAUUAUUUUGAGUUUAAUUUUGUUUAUUUCAGUUUUAAUCUUUUGAAUAGUAACAAGGUGCAGAUUUGCAUAUCAAGAUUUAUAAUGUAAAAGCAUGCAAGCUUUUAAUGAACUGUGUGUGUGUGUGUGUGUGUGUGUGUGUAAAAAGCAGUUUUCUUUUGAUUUAAAACUAUAAAAUGGAAUAAAACUGUUAAAAACAACAUGGCUGAAAAAAUAUAUAAAUUAAUAAUUAUAAUUCCAGUAUUGAGUAUAUAUUAUCAGUCCUGACACUGGGCAGCUCUGUAUCAAAUGUGAUACUUCCUCAGCGCACACACAUUAACACACACUCACACACACUUCCCUUUCUGUGAGGAAAGAGUGAACUCAUUAUCUAACCUGGCAGUGUGGAUGACUGAUAUAGAGUGCACUCCAGCGCUCGCUCUGUCCUAAUGUGACCUGCUCUAGUUUAGCUCUGACCCAUCUAUACAUCAGAGCUGUGUUUCCCAAUCUGAGUCCUGGGCCACAAAUCUGAGUGAGAGAGUGAGUGAGUGAGUGAAAAGUUAUUUCAAAUAUAUUCAGUGCCUCCCUCGCUUAUUCCCAUUGAAUCCAAGUAAAGAUUUGGGGCACUUUGUUUCUGCUACGAAGCAUUUUAUUUCUUUCACCAUCUGGAGCAACUUCCAGGUUUCAAAAAAGCACACAUGAUUAAUAACGAAUCCUGUGCACGAGUAUGUUUUUGAGACCAUUUAUGAAUUUUUUAGGACUCUUGGUACGACUAUGUCCCUUUUUUUUGCAAACUUAGGUUCCCUAACAGCUUUCCUAACUUCUGCUGAGGGAGAAAAAUUUGAAAAUUCUUUAAGAAGAUACGCAAUUACAUAAGCCCUGAAUUUCAGGAGUACACAACAUACAGGGGAUGAAGAGAAGAGAAAUUCUACUAGUGGCCAAAUUUGUGUAGUCUUAGGGGGAAGAAAAUGAAAAGAAUUUUAUUUGCCAGGUGCGAUCCCUAUUAUCAUCUGUUCUUUUUCAUUACAAGUUGUUAUUUCCUGUUUAAAAAGAAUCAUCUUUUGAUUAACCAUGUUUUUCGAUUUGCUUUUGAUAUUAAUUUUGGCAAUAGUACAACCUACCAUUCAAGCCAAUAAAGCAUGAACUGUGAGCGCAUGAAAGAAGUGUGAAAGAGUGAGAUGGAGAGAGAGCGUGAAGUCGAGUGAGAGGAAGAGAGCGUGCACUAGAGAAGGAGCGAGAGAUUAUGUGUGUGUGUGUGUGUGUGUGUGUGUGUCUGUGUGUGUGUGUGUGUGUGUGUGUGAGAGAGACAGAGAGAGCGAGAGAGAGAGAGAGAGUGGGAGCGGUAAAACAGGCUAGGUUAUUACUCACUUAGCACUGGCUGAUGUUACAUAUCCGAUGCAAAUGAAGAUGGAGGCGCGUCAUGAAACAAAAGCUCGUGCUGUAAUGGAAGGAAAGAUUGGACUAAACUAUUGAAAUCCGUGUUCUGUCCGCAUUUUAAUGGAGAAUAACAAAGCCAGCACCUGGUACUCAAACAUCUCUGGAAUGAGGGACUACAUUUGCACUGGUUGCUCUGACACUGCUUCAGCUCCUUCAAAAGCAGCAAUAAGGAAUGAAUUUGAAUGAAGGACAGGAAACAGGCUCAAUCGGCUACUUAUCACGCAUUCGGGGAGCCUUGUGCAGACAAAAUCAUCUCAAUUAAAGAAGCUGACGACAGACAUGGUGACAUAGUGGUGUUUAAUAUGGAGGAGACCAGCUCGUUGAACAUCUCUUUUCUUCACUCACAAUGUUUUUAUACACAGACAUAAAUUGAUGGUGUAAAUGGAAAGAAUCUGAGAUUUGAUUCCAUUUUGCCUUUUUGCCCCUUUGUUUGUUUGUUUAUUUGUUUAUUUUUGGUGGGGGGGGGGGCAUCCCCACGAUGCUGGGUGCUGGCUGCGUGCGAUGUUUCCUCCGCCAGCUCACGCUCCAGACCAUCUUUCUCCUCCUUUUCCUCUUGUGUACGCUCAGCGUCUUCAUUUCCGCCUACUUCCUGUAUGGCGUCAAAAGGGAGUUCGAGCCAUCCGCUGGAGUCACGCCAGAAGACUGCGAUGAUGACAUCACGCCAUCGCGGCUCCUGCCGCUUCAGGAUGAAGUGGGCAGAGAUGCGGCGGCAGAUGGCAGCCAGACCGACCCGGUGGUUCUCGUGUUUGUCGAGAGUCAGUACUCCCAGCUGGGUCAAGACAUCGUAGCCGUGCUGGAGUCGGCCCGAUUCCGGUACCAUACAGAGAUCUCUCCAGGAAAAGGAGACAUGCCCACACUGACAGAGCGCGACCGGGGUCGCUUCGCUCUCAUCAUCUACGAGAACAUCCUGAAGUACGUCAACAUGGACGCCUGGAACAGGGAGCUGCUGGAUAAAUACUGUGUGGAGUAUGGAGUGGGAAUUAUCGGCUUCUUCAAGGCGAAUGAGAACAGUCUCCUGAGUGCCCAGCUAAAAGGUUUCCCUCUGUUCCUGCACUCUAAUUUGGGUCUAAAGGACUGCACCGUCAACCCAAAAUCACCCCUCCUGCACAUCACCCGCGCCCACGAGGUGGUCAGAGGUCCUCUGCCCGGUGAUAACUGGACCGUGUUCCAGUCCAACCACUCCACAUAUGAGCCAGUACUGUUAGCAAAGACCCAGUCAGCAGAGAGCAUGGGCCUACGUGCCGUCCUCCACACCUCUGUGGUUCAGGACCUCGGCCUGCAUGAUGGCAUUCAGCGCGUGCUGUUCGGCCAUGGCCUGGCCUUCUGGCUACACAAGCUGGUGUUUGUGGACGCUGUGGCCUUCCUCACAUCUAAGAGACUCUCACUGUCCCUGGACAGAUAUGUACUGGUUGACAUUGACGACAUAUUCGUAGGAAAAGAGGGCACCAGGAUGAAGAUGGCUGAUGUAGAGGCACUGGUACAGACGCAGAACGAGCUGCGGAAGUCAAUCCCAAACUUCACCUUUAACCUUGGCUUCUCAGGGAAAUUUUACCAUGCAGGUACAGAUGAGGAAGAUCUGGGUGAUGACCUGUUGUUAUCGUAUGUUAACGAGUUCUGGUGGUUUCCACACAUGUGGAGUCACAUGCAGCCUCACCGCUUUCAUAACCAGAGUGUGUUAGCUGAACAGAUGCUCCUGAACAGACGCUUUGCUGAAGAGCACUCUAUCCCCACACACCUGGGUUAUGCAGUGGCUCCUCAUCACUCAGGCGUCUACCCCAUUCACGUGCAGCUCUACGAGGCUUGGAAGAAAGUGUGGGGCAUCCGAGUGACCAGCACAGAGGAGUAUCCUCAUCUCAAACCAGCCCGCUACCGCCGCGGCUUCAUCCACAGCGGCAUCAGCGUGCUGCCGAGGCAGACUUGUGGUCUGUUCACUCACACUAUCUUCUAUAAAGAUUACCCAGGAGGCCCUCAGGAGCUGGACAAGCUCAUCAACGGAGGGGAACUAUUCCUCACUGUAUUACUCAACCCAAUUAGUAUCUUCAUGACUCAUCUUUCUAAUUAUGGAAAUGACCGUCUGGGGCUGUAUACUUUUAAGAAGCUGCUGCGUUUCCUGCAGACCUGGACUCACCUGAGGCUGCAGACCCUGCCUCCUGUCCAGCUGGCUCAAAAAUACUUCAGCCUCUUCCCCUCGGACAGAGAACCACUCUGGCAGAACCCUUGCGAGGAUAAGAGACACAAGGAUAUCUGGUCUAAAGAGAAAACAUGUGAUCGCUUCCCUAAGCUGCUUGUGAUUGGGCCACAGAAGACAGGGACAACUGCUCUGUAUCUGUUCCUGGGCUUGCACCCUGACCUCAUUGGCAACUAUCCCAGCAAAGAGACAUUUGAGGAGAUCCAGUUCUUCAAUGGGCACAACUACCACCGAGGAAUAGACUGGUACAUGGAGUAUUUCCCCCUCCCCUCCAACACCAGUUCAGAUUACUACUUUGAGAAGUGCGCUAACUACUUUGACUCUGAAUUAGCAGCGGCCAGAGCAGCAGCUCUCCUGCCUAAAGCUAAAAUCAUCACUGUCCUCAUCAGUCCUGCAGAAAGAGCCUAUGCCUGGUACCAGCACCAGAGGGCACAUGAUGAUCCAGUGGCUAUGAAAUACUCUUUUCAUGAUGUCAUCACUGCGCCCCGUGAUGCUCCUGCAAGGCUGCGCGUCCUGCAGAGCCGCUGUCUGGUGCCGGGGUUGUAUGCCAUUCACCUUGAGCGCUGGCUUCAACACUACCACCCCAGUCAGAUUAUGGUUGUGGAUGGGCAGAUGCUGAAAACUGAACCAGCAUUAGUCAUGGAUAAAGUCCAGAAGUUUCUGGGACUAAUGAAUACUGUGAACUACCACAAGAUCCUGGCGUUUGAUCCUAAAAAAGGUUUCUGGUGUCAGCUCCUGGAGGGAGGAAAGACUAAGUGUCUGGGAAAAAGUAAAGGAAAGAGAUACUCAGAUAUGAAGUUAGAGUCCCAGCUGUUUCUAAGAGAGUACUACAGAGAUCAUAACAUUGACCUGUCAAAGCUGCUCUACAGGAUGGGCCAGGCUUUACCCACUUGGCUCAAAGAUGAACUUCUUAACACUAGGUAGCUUUGAGCCAUGUUCCUCCCCUCUGUCUGAGAAUGGUAUAGUCUCCAGCACCAGUCAUUGGACUGAAGUGGAAUAAACCAUCGAUAUCGUCAUGGGUGAGGAAGUCAUGUCUCAUUGGAUUUCCCCUGUUGCUUUCAGAAUAUAAAGUGGUUUGUAAAAUAUUGCAUCUCUACUUCUGCUUAUUAAAACCCCCAUGGGGUGGUAUGUUAUGUUACGGACUCAUCCGAAGAGGAAAUGGUACAUCCUCUCACUAUAUCAUGACAGAUCUAAGUGCGUCAUACUAGAUAUGGUAUUUAACACUGGCUUCUCUCACUUCUUCUUGAUAAGAGGAAGAUUAAAACACAUGAGAUGUGCUGCGAUAAGCCAUGUCAAAAGACCAGGAACUUGAUUCUUCCUUGUCUGCAAAGAAUAAAUGCACUGACCAUGAAAGUAUGGAUGAACUGCCGUUUCUUCACCUCAGGACUUCAAUGGUUUGGGGCCACAGGAGCAAAAGUGUGCAUUUUAAAAGUGCCAGUAAUUGAAGGCUGCGCUGGGGUUUUGUACAGUGUAACUACAUUACGCUCUUUAUAUGUAUAUGAACUAAUUACAAAGCCCUUAUUCAGCAUGACUCUGACACAGUUCCACAGCGGCCAUCAACACUAAACGAAUGUGUCAUAAUUAAAUGCAAAGCCUGACAGGUAUUGAAUUUUUUUUAAUAAUUGUUAAUGAGAUCUCCCACAGCUAAUUUCUCCAACACAGCUGAAUACAGCUCUAACAGGUAACAUUUCUUCAGGCUGGGUGUGUACUGCUCCACUGAAGAUCAGAGCGCUUCAGCUGCCAUGUAUUGGAAAAUUAGAUGAAGUACAAGAUCCAAAAAGUUAAGUUUAUUAACACACAGAGAACCAUGCUAAUGGAUUUGGAAAUAUAUGAAUAUUGAAUGUGGGGAAUUAUGUUAAAUUCAACUGAGUUAUUUAUGUGGUGUUGCAAUUUAUCUUGGUUUCAUAUGAGAAUUCUAUGAAAUUGUAUGAAAAUACAAGUAAAAUAUUGUUUUGUAAAAAAAUCUUGAAUAGUACAGUUGACUGCAAAUGUUUACACCCCUGCUGUUUAAAAACCAUUCAUUCAUUCAUCCAUCCUUUCCUCACACAUCCCUCCCUCACUCAUCCCAACCCCUCCCUUUUUCGCACCAAGCUCUUCCUCAUACAUCUCAGCUCCUACAUCACUUAUCACAAACCCUACAUCAAUCAUGCCAACCAAUCCCCUUUUCAUUCCAACCCCUACAUCAUUCAUCCCAACCUCUCCCUCAAACACCAUAACCUCAUGCCAGCCACUCCUCUUUUCACCC